CCUCAUUUGCUCUCAUCUGUAUUUUCAUUUGAUUUUCUAAAAGAAAAACCCUAACCCUCUUUCAGGCCCGCCCCCACCCAAUUUGUGCCUGAUGUGGCCGCGCCUCUCCCUCUUGAACCCGCCGUCACCGUGCUCGUCUGCAUAAACGAGAACUCACUCGUAUCAUCUAGCCCGAGCUGAGCUCGUGCUUAAGCUCCGCUAACCCUGGCUAUUCCCUUCUUCCCCUCGUAUAGAAAUGCAAACCCUCAAGGCUGUGCUAUUGGCUCGCCGAUCAAUCCCCGCUCUGCGCUUCCUCCCUUCUUCCCGAAACCUCUCCAUUGAGACCACUGCUGCUCGAGAAGAUGAUCUGCAAAAUCAGGUACUCGUUGAAGGCAAAGCCAGCGCCCGGGCGGCGAUCCUUAACCGACCAUCUGUCCUCAAUGCUCUCACCACCACUAUGGCACUUCGGUUGAAGAAGCUGUAUGAAUCAUGGGAGGACAAUUCUGACAUUGGGUUUGUCAUGAUGAAGGGCAGUGGAAGAGCAUUCUGUGCUGGCGGGGAUGUUGUCAACCUGUAUCGGCUGCUAAACGAAGGGAAGGUGGAAGACUGCAAAGAUUUUUUCAGGAACUUAUACAUGUUUAUUUAUAUCCUAGGCACAUAUUUGAAGCCGCAUGUGGCUAUUCUGGAUGGUAUUACCAUGGGGGGUGGGGCUGGUGUUUCUGUUCCUGGAACAUUUCGUAUUGCAACUGAUAGGACUAUUUUUGCUACUCCGGAAACUCUUAUUGGCUUCCAUCCUGAUGCUGGUGCUUCCUUUUACCUUUCUCAUCUUACUGGUCAUUUAGGGGAAUACUUGGCUUUAACAGGUGAAAAGCUCAAUGGAGUAGACAUGCUUGCAGUUGGCCUUGCCACCCACUUCUCAAUGAGUGCUAGGCUUGAUUGGAUUGAUGAGAGACUUGCUAAGUUGGUUACUGAUGAUCCUUCUGUUAUUGACUCUUCUCUCGCACAAUAUGGUGAUGUUGUUUAUCCAGACAAGAAGAGCAUUGUGCAUAGGUUAGAGAUGAUUGAUAAUUGUUUUGGCCGUGAAACGGUUGAGGAAAUUAUUGAUGCUUUGGAAAGUGAGGCUGCUAGAUCAAAUCAAGAAUGGUGUAUUUCUGCACUGAAGAAAUUGAAGGAAGCUUCUCCAUUGAGUUUGAAGGUUUCCCUAAGAUCUAUUCGGGAAGGUAGGUAUCAGACGUUGGAUGAAUGCUUAAUCCGUGAGUAUCGUAUGUCCCUUCAUGGGAUCUUGAAACACGUUUCUAAUGAUUUCUGUGAGGGAGUUCAUGCAAAGUUGGUAGAUAAUACUUUGACUCCAAAGAUGGUAUGCACUAUGCAGUGGGAUCCACCAAGCUUGGACAGAGCCUCAGAAGACAUGGUGGACUACUAUUUCUCACCGCUCGAUGAAUUCGAGCCCGAGCUUAAACUGCCAACACAAUUACGGGAAGCCUUUAUCUAAUUGAUCCUUCAGGAUAUUAACGUUAUCUUUUGAGACAAUUGAAUUGUAUGCUUGGUGAUAUGCUAAAUGGGCUUGCGACAUAAUUGAGCUACAAAUAAUCUUAUCUUUAUGAGCCA